AUGGGAAUCAUGAAUUUUCGAUUUUUGAAAGAAAUGUCAGUCAUUAACAAUGAUGACACAGUUUUAUCAGUAUUAUGUGAUCAUCGAAGUGCCACAGUUUAUCGUGUAUCUAUUGCUGAUAUUGUUAAAAUACGUCUUGAAUCCGGCACUGAAUCAAUAACCAUUAAUACAUUUGAAUCAGUCCGGUUAUGUGAUGUUCUGCAGAGACACUAUCUAUGUUUCAAAAAUACUGAAAUCGAAGAUAUUACUCUUUUUCAUAAUCAAACAUUUACUGCUAAUGUUUAUUUACCGGUAAUGAACUUCUUGACACUUUACACGGUUGGUGGCAAUGAAGAUGUACUUACCUUUCCAAUAUGUACUUUAAUAAGUGUCAGAAUAACAAAUGAAAAUGAAAAUAGUUCUAUACAAAUACCAGUAAAAGGAAAAUCCAUGGCCGUUUGA